AUGGCUCCCUUCUACUCCUGGGUCACCGGGGUUCUCGCCCUUUCUUGCUCCUUGGUGACAGCUUCACCUGUCAAGAGAGGCCCAGUCGUCAACGAACCCAUCAAUGCGGUCUCUACUCCAUAUGGGGAGGUGUCAUACACUGAAAUCCCGGACAACAGGAGUCAGCUUGAUCUGUACACCGGCGGAGUCUACCAGGGGACGAUAUUGGCACACGAGAAUGGAGCAAAUGUCUUCGGUCCGGAUGGUGUUGAAAUCAACCUCAAUACUGACCUCGUCACCAUGACGGGGCCCUGGGAGAAUUUCCUCCGUGCCAUGGGGUGGCUAGCCAUCCAGUUCGGAGUGAGUGAAGGCCGUCCGCUGGCUAUUCUGCGUCGUGGUCACCAACAAAGCCUACGACUGUCUUCCAAAGGACUAAUGAUGCCUGGCUUCCAGUUCACCACAUGCGGCCAACAGGGUAUCUCUCCAUACCAGUGUAAGGCUGGACUCGACUGCGCUGCAGAUGCCGUCAACAAGUGUCCUAUCUUGUGA